CUUAAAAUGGGGUGUGACUAGAUACGUGGGCGUUGAUUAGAGAUACAAAAUGGCCGCCGACUGGAGUACAGAUAUGAUAGAGGAGCUACAGUCCGUCCUGUACUCUCCUGACGUGGAGGCAGCAAUACAAGAGGUUUUCUCUAGUGAGAAAGACCCUCUGGACGCCACUGACUUUGAUCCAAUAGAAUACAUUAACACUUUAUUCCCCACAGAGCAGUCGCUAGCGUCAGUAGACGAUACAUUGAACAGAAUGAGAACUAGAAUCAAUGGACUUGAUAAUGAGAUACGGACCACUGUAAGGGAACAAGCCGAAUCUGGACACGAUGGACGACAAUCGUUAGAAGAUGCUCAGAGUACAAUUGAGGAACUCUUCAGGCGAAUAUCAAACAUUAAGGAAAAGGCAGAGCAUUCAGAAAUGAUGGUGAAGAAGAUCACAGGUGACAUUAAGCAGAUGGACAUAGCCAAGAAGCAUUUAACGGACUCUAUUCGGACCCUAGAGAAACUGAGACUGCUCGUCAUAAACCUUGAGGAGAUAGAUCGUAACAUGCGAAUGAGACAGUACGCCCAGGUGGCCAGUCAGUUGAAAGGAGCUGACGAUGUCGUGGAGGAAUUUAAGAAAUAUCAAACAAUACCUCAAAUAAAGUACCUGAUAGACAGGUUGUCAUCAAUGAAACAUGAUCUUGCUGCUCAAAUUAAAGUUGAUUUUGAAAAGGCGUUUUCAAUAAGAGGAACAGCUGGUGGAGCUAAGGCGGAGCUUCAUGAUGCCUGUCUUGUGUUGGAUGUUGUUGAUCAAACAGCAAAGGAGGAGUUAAUUAAGUGGUUUAUUAAGAUGCAGUUGACAGACUACGACAUGUUGUUUCAUGAAAGUCUUGAGCCGUCCUGGCUUGAUAAAGUUGAUAGGAGGUACAGCUGGAUGAAGAGGUCCUUGUUGAAUUAUGAGGAAGAAUGUGCCGCCAUUUUUCCUCUUGAUUGGUACAUGCCAGAAAGAAUAUGUAUUGAGUUUUGUAAAAUGACAAAAAAGGGACUCUCAAAUGUUAUGAAAGCAAAAUCCGACCAGCUGGAAGUUAAGCUCCUCCUUUUUGCCAUCCAAAAAACGACUGCUUUUGAAAAAUUCUUGGCCCAACGCUUCAUCAGUAGUACUUACAUAGCUUCGCUUGUACCAAAGAAAGUUAAACCAAAGAAAGAAAUGGAAGAGGAGGAGGGGCAAGAGUCUGUUAGUAAAGUCACACAGGACUCCUCCCCUUUUCUUGGUAUGAUCUCACGAUGUUUCGAGCCUCAUCUGAACGUGUACAUUGAGUCACAAGACAAGAAUCUAUUUGACUUAAUGGCCAGUUUUGUUACUGAUAUGAAGUCAGCUGGUCCGACUAAGAAAGGAGAAGGUGUGGUAGCCUUCCCAAGUGCUGCCGAUCUUUUCAUAUUUUACAAAAAGUGUUUGGUCCAAUGUUCAUCUCUGUCUACUGGACACCCUCUACUCAGCCUCACAGAAAUAUUUCAAAAAUAUUUGAAAGAGUACGCUACGAAAAUACUCGAAGGAAGUCUACCGAAAGUCAGUAGUUCCAGUUCUGGUGCCAGACUGACCCUGACCGGUAUUAAAAGAGACACGCCCUCUGAAUCAAAAUUAACAAAUGAUGACUUGGCAUUAGUUUGUACAAUACUCUGUACUGCAGAUUACUGCCUGGAAACUACAAUGCAGUUGGAGUCAAAACUAAAGGAUAAGAUUGAUGAGCAGUUCAGUGAUAAAGUUGAUUUCACUUCAGAAUGUGAGACCUUCAGGAGUUUGACUUCGACUUGUGUUCAACUUUUAGUACAAGACUUGGAGUCUGUUUGUCUAAACGCUUUCAUCAACAUGACUAAACUGUCCUGGGGUAGCGUUGAAGCCGUUGGUGAUCAAAGUUCUUACGUUUCGCUAGUUGUUGGCCACUUGAGACAGACCAUACCGUUAAUUAGAGACUCUUUGGUCUCCGUUAGAAAAUAUUUCAUUAAUUUCUGUCACAAAUUUGCAAAUGUCUUUAUCCCACUGUUUAUAACCCACCUGUACAAGUGUAAGCCCAUUAGCACUAUAGCCGCUGAACAGUUGCUAUUGGAUACUCAUUCUCUCAAGUCUGUCCUAAUUGAGUUGCCAACUCUUGGAGCAGCUGUAACUCGUAAAGCUCCAGCUUCUUAUACUAAACUCGUUAAUACUGGGAUGGAGAAGGCGGAGCUUAUCGUCAAGAUUGUAAUGUCCCCCCAUGAUCAUGCUGAGGAGUUUGUGUCUCACUACCUCUCCAUAAUGCAUGGAGACAAUGACACCAACAACUUCCAUAAAAUACUGGAGAUGAAGGGUUUGCGAAAAAGUGAACAAAAUGCUUUGCUUGAUUUGUUCAAGACGAAAGCUUCAGCGAAAAAGGAAGGAGAGGGCGUGGCAGUAGGCGGAGACAAGGGCCUGCUGGGUAUGCGUAAGUUGGAGAUAGUGGAACGAUUAAUGAGAGCUCGAGGCAGUGAAAAAUUAUCACCAACAAAACAAUAAAUAUAAAUAAUUAAUUAUAGUUCAUUAUGCUGAUUUUUACAAAAAUGAGACAAUGUAGAGAUGACAUCUAUAGAA